AUGAAAUGCGAAGUUAAAACUGUAAAGCUUAAGAUACUAGGACUUACUGAUUUAAGUAAAUUGAUAAGAAAUUCCUCUUAUGAAAUAAAAGUAUAUUUUGGAGGUGCAAGAUAAUAAACUAAAACAUUGAAUUACUAUGUCGUAUCUGAAUAGAUAGAAAUAAAUUAAAAUUUAGAAUUGAGCAGUAUUCAUGGAAAACAGUUAUAAUUUUGGUUAUUUGAUAAAAUAAAAAAUAAGUUUAUUGGAGCAGGUUCUUAUGAAUUAAGUGAGAAUUAGGUGGAAGGAUUUCAAUUAUUAGAUUUAAAAAUUGAUACUGUGAUUACAUGUAUAUUGAUGUUUGAAUUGGUUGUCGAAACUAAGGACAUAUAUUAGCCAGUUAUUUUAGAAGAUGACAACAUUAUUCUGAAAAAGGAUGACUCUGAAGAGAAGAGAAAAGAGUAAGAAAGGCUGGAGUAAGAAGAAAAACUUAGAAAGUAAUAGGAGGAAGAAAGAAGAUUGUUGUAAAAAUAAAAUAAAGUAUCAAUUGUCACAUUAACUGAUAGAUAUGUAGAAGAUUAAUCUUAUUAUUGA